CCGGCCGGGGAGCGCCAGGGGCGGGGCGAGCGCCCAGUCCCCGGUUCCCGGUUCCCGGUUCGCAGGUCGCGGUUCCGCUAUGGGGCAGCCUCGCCGCAUCACCGACUCCUUCCCGCGGCGGCGGCGAGCGGGGCGGCCCCCGGGCAAGGUGAAAGGCAAGAGCAAGGUCAAAGGCAGGAUCAAGAGGAAGGGCACAAUCUGCCUGGAGUCCUGUCCCCCUGCGCCCACCGAGGACCCUCCCGCACCCCCCGGCGCGCCUGCCCAAGCCGUGCUGGACAUGCUGCGGCACUUUGACCUCUCCUGGGAGUACGGACCCUGCGCUGGUAUCACCCGUCUGCAGCGCUGGGAGCGGGCACAGGCGCUGGGGUUGAGCCCCCCCGGCCCGGUGCUUGAUGCCAUCCUGGAACACCCCAACAAUCCUGCUGUCACCUACAGCCUCUGGCACGAGUAUGAGCUCUGAGCUGCUGCACCCCGCACUGAGGAGAGAGGACGUGGGGGGGAAUCUGUGCCCCACACCUGGCCACAGCAGUGCCACAGUGCCCUGGGGAGGGGGCACCACCAGACAGAUUAAAGGGUGGCAUGAAGUGAA